AUCUGAAAUAAUCGUACGGUCUAGAUUCAUCAGAAUGAAGGGUAUAUUCGUCAUUUCACAGAUAUUUACGUUUCUGUUGCGUUAAUUACGACCAUACCACUUUCCUUGUUCUGUCUUGAAGUCCUCAACGCUCGUUUCUAUUCUCUCACUUUCUUUCUCUCUGCAAAUUUCGCAGAGCAACAAUGGCCAAAAGCUCUUUCUUCAAUAAGCAUUUGCUUCUCUCUCUUUUCCUUCUUCAAUGUUGCUUCCUUUCUUCUUCUUCAACCUCCGAUUCAGAAACUCUCUUAAACUUCAAACUCACCGCAGAUUCCACCGGAAAACUCAACUCAUGGAACACAACAACAAACCCAUGUCAAUGGACCGGAGUCUCCUGCAACCGCAACAGAGUCACAAGACUUGUCCUCGAAGACAUCGAACUCACCGGGUCAAUCUCACCACUAACCUCACUCACUUCCCUCACAGUUCUUAGUCUCAAACAUAACAAUCUCUCUGGUCCAAUCCCAAACCUCUCGAACCUCACAGCUUUAAAGCUUCUCUUUUUAUCACACAACCAAUUCUCCGGUAACUUUCCUUCAUCAGUCACUUCACUCACUCGUCUCUACCGUCUUGAUCUCUCUUUCAACAACUUCUCCGGCGAGAUUCAACCGGAUUUAACCAAUUUAAACCAUCUCCUCACUCUCCGGUUAGAAUCAAACCGGUUCUCCGGUCAGAUACCGAACAUCAUCCUCUCCGAUUUACAAGACUUCAACGUCUCCUGUAACAACUUUAACGGUCAGAUACCAAAUUCAUUGUCUCAAUUCCCUGAAUCAGUCUUUACACAAAACCCAUCUCUCUGUGGAGCUCCAUUGCUAAAAUGCACCAAGCUCUCUAGCGACCCGACUAAACCGGGUCGACCCGAUGGAGCAAAGGCUUCACCUUUAAACAACCCGGAAACUGUACCUUCAUCUCCAACUUCAAUUCACGGCGGCGACAAAAGCACAACGAGAAUCAGCACCAUCUCACUAGUAGCUAUCAUCCUCGGAGACUUCAUUAUCUUAAGCUUUGUCUCUCUUCUUCUCUACUACUGUUUCUGGAGACAAUACUCAUCGAACAAGAAGAAACACUCAAAGGUUCUUGAAGGAGAGAAGAUUGUUUACUCAUCAAGUCCUUACCCAACAUCAACCCAAAACAACAACCAGAAUCAACAAGGUGGUGAGAAGGGUAAAAUGGUCUUUUUCGAAGGAACUAGACGUUUUGAGCUUGAAGAUCUUCUCAGAGCAUCGGCGGAGAUGUUAGGUAAAGGAGGAUUCGGGACGGCGUACAAAGCCGUGCUUGAAGACGGCAAUGAGGUUGCUGUGAAGCGGUUAAAAGAUGCGGUGACGGUGGCCGGAAAAAAAGAGUUUGAGCAACAAAUGGAGGUUUUAGGAAGACUACGUCAUACUAAUCUUGUGAGCUUAAAAGCUUAUUACUUUGCUAGAGAAGAGAAGCUUCUUGUUUAUGAUUACAUGCCUAAUGGUAGUCUCUUCUGGCUUCUCCAUGGAAACCGUGGACCGGGUAGGACUCCAUUGGACUGGACCACGCGCCUUAAGAUUGCAGCGGGUGCAGCGCGUGGCUUAGCUUUCAUCCAUGGCUCGUGUAAAACCUUGAAGCUCACACAUGGUGACAUCAAAUCCACCAAUGUGCUACUCGAUAGAUCAGGCAAUGCUCGUGUUUCCGAUUUCGGGCUAUCUAUUUUUGCGCCAUCGCAAACUGUUGCUAAAUCCAAUGGCUACCGUGCACCGGAGCUGAUUGAUGGUCGAAAACACACGCAAAAGUCUGACGUUUACUCGUUUGGAGUGCUUCUUUUGGAAAUUCUCACUGGGAAAUGUCCUAAUAUGGUGGAGACGGGUCAUUCGGGUGGUGCGGGUGGGGCGGUGGAUUUACCGAGAUGGGUCCAAUCAGUGGUGAGAGAGGAGUGGACGGCUGAAGUGUUUGAUUUGGAGCUGAUGAGGUAUAAGGAUAUAGAGGAAGAGAUGGUGGGGUUGUUGCAGAUUGCUAUGGCGUGCACCGCGGUUGCGGCUGAUCACCGUCCAAAGAUGGGUCAUGUUGUGAAGUUGAUAGAGGAUAUACGUGGUGGUGGCUCUGAGGCUUCGCCGUGCAAUGAUGGGAUCAAUUCUGCGGUGGACUCGCCGUGCUUGUCCGAGGACACUUGCGGUGGAACUACGAGUCAGUAGUACGAUUCGUUUUCUUAAAAAAUGUAAAUCACGUGCUUGGAAUCUUGACUUUUGUCAUUCUUCUGAAAUCAUAACACUUCUAGUGUCGUAGGCUUUGUUUUUUCUUUGUUUCUUUAUAGUUUGUAAUACGAGGAUUAUGUGAGUCUCGAGUGUUUUGGAUUAGGGGUAAACAAAAUUUCCAUCUCUAU